AUGGACGUACUGCUGGAAACCGAGGGAACCUGGAAGAAAGGGAAUGCUUUCGCCGUCCCAGAUCUUCGAGCGAAAGUGGAGGCUGAUGGGCAUUCAAACCCGGAGUUCAGGGUUACCUUGACCGGCGGAACACUGUUAAACAACGGCAGCUCCCAACGUUGGGGCGACUGCGAGGGUCCCGUGAAACUGGGUGGAUCGGCGUACAUCAGGUGCUACGUCGCGCUGCAAGGUUUGGAAGUAUCCUACCGCAAGGGCGACUUCUUCAGCCAAAUCACAAUGGGAAGAGUGAAUGUCAGAGCGAUGGCAAACCUGCUCGACUCAAAGGCCGAAGUGGAAUUUCGUCAUUUCAAUGGAAACCAGACCGAAGAAGUGAGGGUGUCUGUGGAUGAGGUAGAUGUGCACCUGACAGAGUUGGGGCCACGGGUGCCACAUCAUCCUCAAUGGCCAAAGUUGGAGAAAGCUGUCCGGUUGAAAAUGAACGAGACGAUGUCGGACUUGAUCCCCGAAAUUCUUGCCGAUCAUCUCGUUGUCGCGAUGGGCAGGGUGAACUUUCCGCUUCCCAAAUAAACCGGUAACCUGAAGUGAGGACACC